GCACUUAGCAUCGGCAUCGGACUAGGCUUCCGCAUUCGAACCAACUUACGGGAAGGACUCUUCUUUAGUGAUCGUCACAUUUUGUCUGUAGAUACUCGAACAAAAUUCAGUCACUCUUCGUGCUAAGUCAAAAUGCCAGCUUACGAGAGCUUGCAAUCAGGCGCUUCUAUGGGCACAUUCAGAGGCCGUUCAGACGAGCUUGUCAAAACACCAUUAGAAAUGACAUGUGAACCACGGGACUACUAUUUGAAGAAGAGGGAUUCUUUGCCUCCUCCACAUAUUGCUCACAGCCACUUUGUGCCGAGAACAACGGUGGAGUUUCUCAUGCGCUACAAGAAGGACAGCGCCAUCGGCAUAAAGUUUUUUCCUAGCAACAGCGCAAAUAGUGGACGACUUGAUAGGAUCACAAAUUUGGAAGGAGUGUUGCAUACUUUUGUUGUACCUAUUGUACAGGCGACUAUGCACGGUGACUAUCGAUGGGCUGGAGGCCACGGCGUACUGGAAUUCGGUCAGAAAGAUGGCUACCAACUUGGCCGUGAAGUCUUGGUCAGUGCCCUCGUACAACAAGACUUUGAGAAUUCAAGAGUGAUGAUGAGAGUCGCGGCACUUGACACUAAGGAUUUACAUGGAGACCCAAGGUUGCCCAGACCUCUCACCACUAAAGAGAAACAAGAUGUGAACUUGAGGACGAGAUACGACGAUGCUAUUCGUGAUUACCUCAUUUAUCAUCUAACAUUGGAUCGACGCUUGCCUGCUGUAGAUGUCCACAUAGAGCAGACUGCACUGACAUUACGAGCCGCUCUUGAAUUCCUGGCCCAAGCAAUUGAGGAAAAAGAAGCACAUAAGCUCCCAAACCUGAUGCAACAUGUGUUCUUUUACCAUGAAGGAAGAUUCAUCAGCCUCGAGAUCAUGUUUCAAGCCGCACUCCACCAAAUUCGGAAUGAGAUGGUCCUCCUUGAGCGACUAUGCGGACAGCAGGGCUAUGUGUACACCUUCAAUCCACCAGCCAUAUUUGCUCGUUUCUUUGGCCCGUAUGGAACCGAGCUUUUGUCAAGAGUCCAUGUCGCAGCUUUGAAAUUCUUUGCAUCUACAACGCAAAUGCUUCGCUGCAAGAUUUUUGCGUGGGCGGAUUUCAACUCGCCGCGCAUUCUUACACUGAUCAGGAAGGCGCUGGAAAGCCAGCCGCACAUAACUGUCAUGAGUUAUGAUACUCUCUUCUCUGGAAAAAGGAGCAUUCGAGGUCAGAACGAAGGACUAUAUUCACCACCUACGGUGGCAAGGGGGGCGACCUUGGUGAUCCAUAACAAUAGUGAUGCAUUUGGCCAAAAUAUUGAGACCGAAGCAUCGGGAGGGAGCCUCGACGGCGUUAUUGGCACAUAUUCAAGUGCAGCAGCAAGCUUAAUGCGAGACAGGGAGGAUCUUUGCCAUAAUUUGUACGAGAUAAUUGCAACGUAACAAAGCAGAUAAUAAUGAUGGUUGGAGACAACGGGGAGAGAAGAAGCCAUCGAUACGUGAUUUCAAUGUCAACAACAUUUGCCAUUCACAAUGGUACGGUCAAUGGGUUCAUAAUUCUACACGUUGACAUUAGCACAGAGUCUUCGCACAAUGUGAAAGCAACGACUUACACAGCACCACCGUCAACUACAAUGUUCGCUCCUGUAACGUAGGAGCUGAAACCCGAUGCCAAAAACCCGGCUACUUUGCCAACUUCAAUUGGUAGUCCUGCACGCUCGAGACCGAUUUGUUGCUUUUGCACCUUAGAAGAUUGCAAGCUUGCUGGGGGGAAUU